AUGCGAUCCACAGUGGUUGGUGCAGGUGCUACCAGUGGUGAAACAGAAGCUGGCAAACUCUUGAAGCCUAUGCUAGGUGGUGGAGAGCUACAAUGCAUUGGUGCAACCACUCUGGAUGAAUAUCAUAAGAAUAUUCAGAAAGAUCAGGCCAUGCCGAGCUGGUUCCAGCAAGUUUAUGUUGAUCAACCUUCAGUGGAAGAUACCAUCUCUAUUCUCAGUGGUCUGCGUGAAAAUGAACGUUUCCUACCUGACAAAGCUAUUGAGCUUGUUGACAAAGCAGCAGCUAAACUGAAAAUGGAGAUUACUUCAAAACCAACUGCCCUUGAUGAAAUUAACCGUGCUGUUCUGAAACUUGAGAUGGAAAGGCUCUCUCUUACCAAUGACACUGAUAAAGCAUCAAAAGAUAGGCUAAAUUGCCUUGAGGUAGAAUUGUCUCUCUUGAAGCAGGGACAAGAUGAGCUGAAUGAGCAGUGGGAGCAUGAAAAAACUGUUAUGACAAGCAUACAUUCUAUCAAGGAAGAGAUUGACAGAGUAAAUGUAGAGAUCCAGCAAGCUGAGGAGUAUCAUCUCAACUGUGCUGCUGAGUUGAAGUAUGGGAGCCUAAACUUUCUGCAGCGUCAACUUGAAACUGCAGAAGUCUGGAAAGUCCAUGCAUAG